GUUUUGUUGUCACUGGUUCUACGAGUGACAUUACUUGUUCAAAACACUACUUGUUAUAAUGGAGAUCCCAAAAGGUUCACUGGCAUUGUUGGGAGACAAUGAUCGACCCUUAGCCCAUUUCCCAAAAAACAUCUGGGAAAAUCCCUUGACGUUAUUCUCGAUUUCACAAAAGGAAAGUGACACAAACAAAAACAAGUUGCGUUCGAUAAUGGAAAUAGUGAAACAAAUGUUGGCUACUUCAGAGGCUGAUUCGUUAGAAUACAUCAAGCUAGUUGAUAAUCUUUGUCGCCUUGGUGUAUCGUAUCACUUUGAAGGAGACAUAGAAGCUCGGUUGGAGAAGUUGUUUGGUUGUGAUGGCUUUAAUCAGAUGAUAAGAGAGAAAGACUGCGAUUUAUAUACUAUUGGGAUUAUCUUCCAAGUUUUCAGGCAGCACGGCUUUAAACUUCUCCCAGAUGUGUUUGACAACUUUAAGAACAGCGAGGGAAAGUUCAAGGAAGAUCUUGCUGUGGAUGCAAAGGGUAUAUUAAGCUUAUAUGAAGCUGCCCACUGGAGCACCCACGGCGAAGAAGUUCUAGACGAAGCUCUUGUUUUCUCAAAGUCUCAUUUGGAAAAACUUUCUUCUCGAUCAACCCCACAUCUCGCAAUACGCAUCAAAAACGCCUUGAAACACCCAUAUCCUCGAGGCAUCUCAAGGAUAGAAACGAGGCAGUAUAUCUCAUACUACGAAGAAGAUGAUUCGAGUGAUAAGACACUGCUCGAAUUCGCUAAGUUGGAUUUUAAUAUAUUGCAAGUGCAAUACCGUGAAGAGAUUAUUCAUGUUUUCAGGUGGUACAAGGCUCUCGAGCUGGACAAAAAAUUACCAUUUUCAAGGAAUAGGACAGUUGAGAGCUAUUUAUGGGCACUUGGAACAUACUUUCAGCCGAAAUAUUCACGAGCACGAAUAUUAUUGGCUACUAUUGUAAUCAUAUUGACGAUACUUGAUGACAUAUACGAUGCUUAUGGCACCCUCGAGGAGCUUGAAAUAUUCACAAAUGCUAUAUGUAGCCCACAUCCUACUUCUCUAGAGGGGCUCCCAGAUAGCAUUAAGUACUUUCAUCAUAUCGCAAUGGAAUUCUUUGACAAACUUGAGAAGGAUAUGGCUACGGAAGGAAGGGCAGGGUGUGGCCACUAUGCCAAAAACGCAUAUAAGGUAACUGCAAUAGGUUACAUGCAAGAAGUAAGAUGGGUGAACAAGGGGUACGUGCCCACAUUCGACGAGUACAAAAAAAAUGGAGUUUAUUUUUGGAGUUACUUAGAAAUGGCAACAGGAGCCUUUUUGGGAAUGGAAGAUGAAGCCAACGUUGAUGCGUUUGAAUGGCUUACCACGCCCCCUAAACUUCUUGUGAGUGCAGCUCUAAUUGGCAGACUUUAUAAUGACAUUGCAAGCUACCAGUUUGAACAUAAACGAAAGCAUGUUGGGACUUCCAUUGACUGUUAUAUGAAGCAAUAUGGUGUUUCGUGGGAAGAAGCUUUGGAGGAAAUAAAACGUAUGGGUUCAGAUUCAUGGAAGGAUCUGAACCAAGAACUCAUGUCGAGGCCUUACCCUUUUUCUUUUCCAUUGGUAAUGCCAUUUCUAAACCUCUCGAGGGUUAUCGAAGUUUACUACAAGGACGAAGACAUUUUCACCCACUCUGAGUUGUUGAAGGAUUAUGUUGUUUCUUUGUUCAUUGACAACAUACCUAUAUGAGAGGUCGUUGGUGGUUGCAAUAACUUUCUAGCAAUUAUCUAUGUUUCUUUUCCUUAAUUUAGUUUCUUGGUUUGAACAUUUCUACACUAUUGUGAUUUGUUGUGCGUUUACAGUAGUCUAUUUAAGAUAUCGUCUUUGACAAUCAGUUGCGUCAUGAUUCCUCCUCUUGUUUUAUUUUGAUACAAGACAUAUAUACUAGUUUUCAGUUUUGGAAAUUAUUUAUAUCUAAUUGUUGGAUUUCC